GCAAUGACCGAUAAAUGGCAUCUUUUAUUUUUAAUUGUUCUUCGUUUUCAUGGGUACAGCUACACAAGACGGUUUGACAAAGUUGAACUAGACACGAUUGUUGAGACUGUCAGUGAUCUUCCAGAUCCAGUGCUUGAUCCCGCUGUUCAAGAAGCAUUUGAUGUGGCUUACGAUAAUAUUUAUGCUUUUCAUGAUGCACAAAAGCCAGUCGAGAAGAUUGCUGAGAACAUGGAAGUAAGCAGUGCAAUAUUUAAUUGCAAAAUCAUCCCCGUUUGUAUUUCCUCCGUGGGUCUUUAUUAUCCUGGUGGCACUGCUGUAUUGCCAUCAACUGCUCUGAUGCUUUCUGUGCCUGCUCAAAUUGCUGGCUGCAAAACCAUUGUACUUGCAACUCCUCCCGCGCAAGACGGCAGCAUUUGUAAGGAGGUUCUUUAUUGCGCGAAAAAAGCUGGUGUUACUCAUAUUCUUAAAGCAGGAGGUGCUCAGGCAAUUUCAGCCAUGGCAUGGGGAAGUGAAUCUUGCCCUAAGGUUGAAAAGAUAUAUGGGCCUGGAAACCAGUAUAACAGUUCUGUAUUUUUGGGUGAGUGGACACCAGAAAGCGUUGGAGAUUACGCAAGUGGGACGAAUCACUUUCUUCCAACUUACGGUUACGCACGUAUGUACAGUGGAGUCUCGUUAGAUUCGUUCUUGAAGUACAUCACCGUACAAUCACUGACAGAAGAAGGGCUUAGGAAACUUGGUCCUUAUGUAGCAACUAUGGCCGAAAUUGAAGGUCUCGAUGCCCACAAGAGAGCUGUCACUCUCAGACUUAAAGACAUUGAAGCUCGACAACUUUCUAAUCUCAGAUAA